CAAUCAGUACGAUGUGGUUCUAGUUGUAGACGGACACACAAGCUUUUACGCUUGUUACGUAUUUCUACUUAAGUUGACUAUCAGAAAUUGAGCGUAUUCUUACACUGUUUAGAAUACCGAAUAUUAGCAAAGAAUUUAAACCGUUCUGGACUGUUUGUGUAUGCCAAAGCUAUCCAUGCCAAUUGGAUAGAACAAUUUGGAUUAUCGGAAGUGUGGGAAUAGGACAAACUCUGGUGCUGAGUAGCUAGCAUCGAAGUACUGUGCAAAAUAACUUUUAGAAGAAACAAAAGCAAACUUUUAAGCUAGUUUUACAUUUGAAAAAUUAAAUAGAACCGAACACACCAUGGCGCUCGCAAACGAACACCUACGACCAAACAAGGAUACCGUUAGUCCUAUGGCCAUACCAUACGGCUCUAGUCCUGCUGGGGACAACGCAAACAACCGGGAUCUUGAAAAAAGUUGGUACGAAAUUACAAUCGAAGAAGAAGAGGAGCAAAGACGAAUGGAAUUAGCGCGGGAUAAACAGCAAGAAGCACUCGAAGUGUCAUCGCAACUUUCUGAACCGGGUAGUGAAAGUACGCCACAGGACGAGGUUGUGAUGUCCAGUCUGUGCAAGGCUUCAAACGGGCGACAAAUCGAGAUAGAUAUUCUAGAUUCUGCCAAUGUUGAGAAAUACGAGAAGCUGGUUAAAAGUGAUCUCAUUAAAUCUCCCUUCAAGCGACGCCUAUCCGGCAACUCGAGUAGCGAUGAGCUAGACGAAGGGAAUCCAUCGGGAAUGGAUUACAAUCGCAGUGAAGAAUCUAGUGCGUAUUCGAAGAGAAGUAAGAAAGACGACUUCGAUCAUGGCGUGGGUAGAUUAAGACGUGAAAGUUCUAGCUCCGGUACAUCCAGCCACACUAGCCGUAAGCAGACGGAAUAUGAAACUGAUGAGGCAGUUCUAGCCCGUCGCCAGAAGCAGAUCGAUUAUGGGAAAAAUACCCUGGGCUAUGAAAAUUACAUCAAACAAGUGCCAAAACAUAGCCGCACCAUAGAACAACCUAGAACACCGCAAAAACAACUGAAAUAUAGUCGACGUGCAUGGGACGGACUUGUAAAAAUUUGGCGUAAGAAACUACACUGCUACGAUCCCAAUAGCAAAUUAGAAGAUGAUGAAUGAAACGUCCGGAAACGAAAUAAGAGGAUAACUGAAAAAGGGCAUGGAUUGUUCUAGUGGAAGGUUCAUCCUGUGGUUCUUGUAUUUAUUUUAAUAUACUCCCACCGAGUGUACAAUAACGGCAAAGAGAAAGCUAUAUGCAUGUACAAACAUUUUCAAUCUCUUUUUAAACGCACUUUUGUUUUUGAAUGUUCCACCAGAAAAGGCUUUCGGCGUUCUGGAAUUAAUGUUAUUUACAAUUGCGUUGUCACAAUAAACAUACAACAAAUGA